GAUAACUACUCUCCACGUGAACUACGACAUCUCGAGUUUAUAUCCCAGUUCACCUCCGAUCUGCGACACAUAAAGGGUAAAAACAAUGAAGUGGCAGACGCUUUAUCACGUAUGCACAUUGAUAACAUUGUAUGCCCAGACAUCGACUACGAACAUCUCUCAAACUUACAACGAGAUGACGCCGAACUCAAAAAGAUCAUGUCUUCUAAAACAACAUCUCUAAACCUCGAGGCAAUUCCUUUCGGCACGACAAAAGUUAUCUGCGACACCUCUACGGGUAAAUAUCGACCUUUCGUUCCAAUAGCUAUGAGACAUACAGUAUUCGAGAAGUUACAUAACUUGUCGCAUCCUGGUGUUAGCGCUACUACCAAGCUACUAAGAGAAAGAUUUAUCUGGCCAAACAUUAACAGCGACGUUAAGAAGUGGACACGAAAUUGCUUGUCUUGUCAAAGAGUCAAAAUCAACCGGCACACCAAAGCACCACUUGGUCGCUUCCCUAACCCCGACUCUAGAUUUGACCAUGUACAUGUAGACAUAGUUGGUCCACUGCCUCCUUCCAAUGGUUUCAACUAUAUUCUAACCUGCAUUGACAGAUUUACUCGUUGGCCAAUAGCAGUUCCAUUAAUCGACGUCUCAGCUGAAACGGUAGCUAAAGCUUUAGUCGAAAACUGGAUAGCCAACUUUGGUGUCCCAUCAAUUAUCACUACAGACAGAGGUGCCCAGUUUGAAAGCCGACUUUUUGACCAACUAACUGAAUUACUAGGCAUUAAACGAAUACGAACGACAGCGUAUCAUCCUAGUUCCAACGGUAUGGUCGAACGAUUUCAUCGACAACUCAAAGCUGCACUCGCUGCUUCUUUGACUCAAAACGAUUGGUCAACCAAACUUCCACUAGUAUUACUUGGUAUACGAGCUACUAUAAAGAAAGAUAUUGGCUGCUGUGUUUCCGAACUAGUCUAUGGAACAACAUUACGAUUACCAGGAGAAUUUUUCACCCCGGGUAACAAGUUCCACACGAUAUGACUGGUUACGUGCACCAGCUAAAACGACACAUGAACGAGCUAAAGAUAUCACUUCCACGUCAGCAGGAACGAGCGUCAUACAUCCCGUCACAACUGACAGACUACACCCACGUCUUCGUCAGGAGAGAAGGUGUACAACGACCACUUCAACCCGCUUAUGAUGGCCCAUUCAAAGUUCUAAACAGAAACGCGAAAGUUAUCACGAUAGAAAGAUUGAAUAAAACAGAAGCCAUCAGUAUCGACAGAGUCAAACCAGCGUUCCUCGACGAUUUCGAAGUCAACGAUAAGAACCAGCUGAACGACGUGCCAACACCUACAUCCAUACAAGCUUCAACGUCGACAGAGAAGCCUGCGAAAACAACACGAUCUGGUAGACGAGUCCAUUGGCCUAAACGUUACGUGCAAGUCAUCGAAAUAUAACUUACUAUGAAUUUUCAUUUUUAUUAUCUUUAUUCGUAAUUGCCAUUUGAUUACUCAUUUAACUGAUUAAUAUACAGAUCCCCGGACAGUUUUAUCGUUCCUUAUAUAUUUUAUUAUGAUUAGGAAUUCCACUUUCCCUAGAUUAUCGCAUUUAUUGUCGACGUUAUUAACCACAUUAAACUGCUCAUUUUUCAGCUUAAUAAAUCGCCUUCUGUGUACUAUCGCUGCUACGUAUUACGCUGAUGCAUGUUAAUUUCGAACACUUAAAUGUAUUUUUUUAUAUAUUUCAGUGUUCUGGUGGGGGAAUUAUAUAGUACCCCUAUACCAACUGUAAACAUGCUUUUCAAUCUAAUUUGUAAACUUGUAUUAUAUGUGUAUACAGACCGAUUUUAUAUGUACUUCGCAAACAUUUGUCAUUUUACUGUUGAAUAUUACCUUGACACAAUUUCGAAUUUGACUACUGCUACAAUCUUCGCAAGUGCCUUUUGAUUUACGUCGUGGGCGUCGAGUAGCCACAACGUCUGCGCACAUUAAUAAGAACGAAGAAAUACUAGAAUAUACGUGUACGGCAGUUCAGUCAAAUAACGCACUCAACA